UCCAAAGACAUCUUCCAUUUCUGUCAACACAGCCCUGGACAACCUUCUCUUCUCAACCCAGCCCAAUCCAGCAUAUAGAGCAGAGUAAUUUGCGACAAUGGCUCAGAAUCAGGUCAAGGAAACCGAUAUUGCGGUGCUGAUUGCCGCGAUCCAAAGCUCGGUGGGCCCUAUCCAGGUCGACGCAGAGAAGGUGGCCAAACACCUGGGCAUGAGCUUGUCGAGCAUCCCGCCGAAAUUCACGGCCAUUCGGAAGCGAUACAACAUCGACAUCAAGGUCGUCAACUCCGGCGCCUUGCAGCGCAACCGGCAGAACAGCCCCAAGAAGAGGCUCUCUGUGCACGGGCCCAAGCCCAUGAGGAAUGCCACUGCUCGAACGCAAUCGGGCAGCGAAGCUGUGAUGGAGUUGCCAGACGGACUCCACUUUGAGCCCGCAGUGGCUGCGAAAGAAGAGAGUCCGUGAUUCUCGAAAUGGCUGUGCGGUGAAUGGAGAUGACGGUCGCUGGCUGGCCCGAAAACUGUUCUCGAUUCUUUUGGGAUGGAUGGUGUUGGGUGCUGAUACAGGCGAAAACUGGAGAACUGGCUUGGGGUCCUAGGAAAGGACAGCGCACUCGCGUUGGGGAAGAAAAUACCUUCUCGCAUCGUGUGGGCCAAAAAGACACUGUCGUAAAUUAUUCACAUGCGGAAAUCACGCCAGUUUCCCCAUGGACAAAGACGAAUUAGGUCUCCCUGUAACUGACUGUCGACCUGCAAGUUACACCGCGGGUACUUGUGAAAGGACACGAAUGAGC